AUGCCUAAAGAACCACAUGAACAUAGUUUAGUGGUUGAAAUGCUAAGAAGUAAAUUACGAUCACUAGCAGAAGCAGAUAGAUUAAUAAUACCAGAUGAACCAACGAUAGUAAGAUUAGUUACUUUACAGCAUUUAUAUACAUCUGUACGAGGAAUUGUUAAGAAGGGAACAACAUUAUUAGAUUUAAUUCAGACUCUGCAUGCGACACCCGCUGUUAGUGGUUUGUCCACAAUCCCAUACACUAAAGAUUUAUUCGAGAAAAAGAAAAUUUGGAUCGCGGAUGGUAUGCUGCACCGAUUGAGUGAAUUGACUUUAACAACCACGAUGAAUUUGAUAUAG